CGCCGCCGUAACGUCAAAAUCAACAAUCUAAUAGGGCUCAUGAUUGGUCAUUAGUAGGCGCGACGCGCCGUGCCUGUCUAUAGCUCUGAGCCGACUGGCGCCAACAUUGCGGGAGAAUGUGCCGAAAAAGAAGUUUGCAACAAACGCCUUCUUGUUUGCUGGUCACACACGAGGUCGCAGCACCAGCGUGCGCACGGUCCCGCCAGCAACGAUACUUGGUGCCAGCCUCCUUCGGAGAGUGAUCGCAGUCCCGCCGAGGCGCCGCAGCAAGAGCUCCGCUCCCCAUAUCCGCGCUCCCUGACUGAGAUUGAACGCUGCGGACCUGGAUCUCGAUCUGGCCUUCGCACGAGGGUCGAGCCUGGGGUCACUCACCGGACGGUGCCAGUUCCCGCCUCGGGGAGUCAUGGAGGUAGCCAGUGAGCAGCCGCGCUGGAUGCACCCGAUGCAGACCCACGACGCGCACGGCACGGCAGAGAGGAUGCACGCCGCGCACGCAGGGUUCGUAGAACCCUCCCAACUCCUCCCUCCCGAAGACAUCGACGUGUUCUUCCACCACCUCGACGCCCAGGGCAACCCGGUGAACCAGGCGGGCUACUACGCCUCGUCCGCCGCCCGAGCCGCCGCCGUGCACGGUUACCGCCCACCUCACGGUAAGAAUAACAACCACUUGUCCUACAGUCAGUUCACCGUCAAUGUUUUAAUGAUUAUCCUUUGAGCUGCCUUUUUGUGACCAAGAACAUGACACCCGACAUCAGUCGGCGCCGGGAGAUGUUGUUGUGAUAGUCUUGUUUAAAAAUUAACCGUAGUGAGAUAUGGUCACGAUCGUGAUGGUGACAAAGAAUUUGCGGUCACAAGCCAUCAAGUUUAAUUCUUUUGUGUCUGUUCGCUCGUUUGGCUCUCGAGUGGCCGUUGUAGCGACAUUGUAUGUUGUCUUUCGUUCCUAAAUACGAACUCACACCUCCCAAAUAUUUUGACUCGUGUUGUAUCUCAAAAGGGUUAUCACCACUUGUUAAAGACGGCCCGACAAUAUGGAAGCAAUUUUCGGCCGAGGUGUAAGGAUGUUUUGACAGUGUCAGGACGGCCCCUGGCAUCUUUGUAAUUGGGUAAAUUUUAACAUUCCAUAAGCUGGCAAAAACAUAAGAAAUUGGGACCAGUAAGUAGACUACCGGUCGUACUCUGCGUGGGAU